AUUAAACAUUAAUUUAUUGUUCUCAGUAAUUAUUCAUCACAAGUUUUUGAUUGUAUUGUAUAUUGAUGAAUAUUGAUUAUUAAAAUUAAUAAUUAUACACGUAAGUGAAAAUGGCUUUCCGAAGAUUAGCAUUAGACAAAAUGUUCAAUUUGAAGUUUGACAGAUUUAAAGUUGGUAGUAUCGUCAAAUUCUUUCAAAGUGAUAAUCGCAAUGGAGAAGAUUCUAAAACACCAGAAAGUAGCCCGGAUGAUGAUCAAACUAAUAAUAAAUCUGUUUUGAAAAAAGUCAUUGAAGAUUUAUCCAGACCGUCGAAACCAGAAAAUCCAUCGUUUUUCGGGUGUCGCCGAUACAUGGACCUGGCAGGAAAAGUGGCUGUAAUCACCGGUGGUACCAAAGGCAUUGGGCUGGCCGUGGCCAAGGAUCUGAUCCAAAACGGGACAUCGCGAGUGAUUAUCAGUGGCCGGGACGUCCAGGAAGGGGGAAAAGCGCUCAAAAUCCUAACGGACAUGUGCAGCGACAAAGACGAUGGCUACCAGAAGGCCGUAUACGUACCGACAGACGUCACUUCUAAGGAAGGGUUGAAAGAACUAUUCGAUUACACUGCCACAAAUAUGGGUGGCUUGGACAUUUUAGUGAACAGUGCAGCUAUUCUGAACGAAUCGUCCAUGUGGAGACGAAUGGUCGAUACCAAUGUGAAAGCCUUAAUCUUAAGCACGCAGUUAGGAAUAGAUCUAAUGCAAACGUGUAAAAGGCCUGGAGGAGUGAUCGUGAACUUAUCCGCCAUAUACGCUAUUAAACCUCUGCCUCAGCUACCGAUAUUCAGUGGUACUAAAGCUGCUGUUCGGAGUGCCACAUUAGCAUUCAGUAAAAUGAAGUACCCUAAUUUGCGAAUUGUGACCGCGUGUAUGGGACCAACGAAUACAUCGAUGUUGUUAAAUUUAUCACCUAAUGAUAUUGGCGAAUGGACUAAAGACGAGCAAGAGGAUUUACUGGACAUACUAAAAGCCAAACAAAAUGUGGAUUAUGCAGGAAGAUGUAUAACACUAAUGAUGCAAUUUGCAGACAAUGGAUCUACAUACUUAGUAUUCAACAACAGUUUGCAUAGAACAAAAAACCAAGAUGACACAAUGUUCCGUAAAAAAAUGAUGCAGAAAUUCACUAAGUCCGAAGAUUGAAUACGUCUUCAACUCAAUACAAUGUAUUAUUAUAAUACAAUAAGAAUUCCCGCUAAAUAGUAUUUCAAAUUGUAGGACCAGCCGACGUCAUUUUUCAAGUGAUAACAAUGAAUGCGCGUAAGGCGUAACAACCGAAUAUCGUCAGAGUUGCUGUCAUACCAUAUUAUUUAGCUAUGAAUGACACAAUGUUCCGUAAAAAAAUGAUACAGAAAUUUACAAAGUCCGAAGAUUGAAUACGUUUUCAAUGUUCAAAACUUAAAUACAAAAAUAAAAGUUUCUAAUGUUUCUAUGAAUUUUUAGGCUUUUAGCACAAAUCUAAUUCAAAGUUCAAAUGCAUGUGGUAUAUAAAUUAUAAACAGAUUUGAACCUAUCUACCUAUAUUUUAUAAUCAAUGAUUAUAUUUAUCAAUUUAGUUAAUUAAAUAAUUACUUAAUUUGUCAUUAAAUUAUUCUACUGAAAUUGCAAUAAAUAAUACCUUACGUUAUUUUAAUUACCAAAAUAAAAAUAAAAAAUAACCUAUAGUAAUUAUACCUAUUUACUUUUGCCUUAUUUAACCUAUUAAUACAUUCAUUAACUAUCUAAAGAUGAGUCAUGAUUUUUAGUUUUUUCAGCAACCAGCAAUGAGUUUAAUAAAUACAUAUUAUAUACCUAUUAUACUCAACUGAUGUAUUCAAAAUGUUGCCUAGAAAUGUGAAACAUAGGUGAAUUCUAGAAAUGUAUAACUUGAAAAAUAACCUAUAGUAUUAUAAUUAUCAAAUAAGAAAAUUAAAAAAUAAAUGUAAGAAAUUAAAAUGACGUAAGGUAUUGUUUAUUGCAAUUUCAGUAGAAUAAUUUAAUGACAAAUUAAAUAAUUAUUUAAUUAACUAAAUUGAUAAAUAUAAUCAUUGAUUAUGAAAUAUAGGUAGAUAGGCUCAAAUCUGUUUAUAAUUUAUAUACCACAUGCAUUUGAACUUUGAAUUAGAUUUGUGCUAAAAGCCUAAAAAUUCAUAGAAACAUUAGAAACUUUUAUUUUUGUAUUUAAGUUUUGAACUUUGAAAACGUAUUCAAUCUUCGGACUUUGUAAAUUUCUGUAUCAUUUUUUUACGGAACAUUGUGUCAUUCAUAGCUAAAUAAUAUGGUAUGACAGCAACUCUGACGAUAUUCGGUUGUUACGCGCAUUCAUUGUUAUCACUUGAAAAAUGACGUCGGCUGGUCCUACAAUUUGAAAUACUAUUUAGCGGGAAUUCUUAUUGUAUUAUAAUAAUAUUAUAUUGUAUUAUUGUAUUGAGUUGAACAUUUUCUAUAAAUAUAUUAUACUAUUGUUAUUUGUUAUUACUGCUGCAUAUUUAUAGUGAUUAUAAUUCAUAAUGUAGAGUUAUGGAAAUGUGGAAAAUAUUAUAAUAUAAUCAUUGUUUGGUAUUGUCAUUGUUUGUUGUUUUUUUAUUUAUAUUUUUUAUAAUACCUGUGUGCGUAGUAAAAAGUUGUACGAGUGGCAGUC